AAACCACAAUUACGAAGAAGACGUAAAGUAAACAGGAGCUGUCAGUGGAUCCAGAAGUUCACGUAUUUACGAAUGGAAGGGCCAAAUUACUAAAAGAAAAUUGAAGUUCCGCAUACUAAGUGCUAACUGUAUGACGACCGUGUGCAUCGUGUGAUAAAGGUCAUACAGGGCCAGGAGUGAUAAUCUCCUGCUAUGUUCACCGACAUGGACUAUGAGUUGGAGGAGGACAAACUUGGGAUACCAACAGUACCUGGUACGGUGACGCUGAAGAAAGAUGCUAAUAAUCUUAUUGGUAUCAGCAUUGGUGGCGGGGCUCAAUACUGUCCUUGCCUCUACAUUGUCCAGGUCUUUGAUAACACUCCAGCAGCUCUGGAUGGGACGCUGGCAGCAGGGGAUGAAAUCACAGGUGUGAACGGGAAGCCAGUGAAGGGAAAGACUAAGGUGGAGGUGGCCAAGAUGAUUCAAGCUGUCCAGGGAGAAGCAAUAAUCCACUACAACAAACUGCAAGCAGACCCAAAACAGGGGAAGAGUUUGGAUAUAGUGCUGAAAAAAGUCAAACAUCGCCUGGUAGAGAAUAUGAGCUCAGGCACAGCAGAUGCUCUCGGACUCAGUAGAGCUAUUCUAUGCAAUGAUGGACUGGUCAAGAGACUAGAAGAGUUGGAGAAAACAGCAGAACUCUACAAAGGGCUGAUGGAGCACACAAAGAGGCUACUCAGAGCUUUCUUUGAGCUUUCUCAAACUCACAGAGCGUUUGGAGAUGUUUUUUCUGUCAUUGGAGUACGAGAGCCCCAGGCUGCAGCCAGUGAGGCAUUUGUGAAGUUUGCAGAUGCUCACCGCAACAUUGAGAAAUACGGCAUUCAGCUACUAAAGACCAUCAAACCUAUGCUCCAUGAUCUGAACACGUAUCUUCACAAGGCCAUUCCAGACACAAAGCUCACCAUCCGCAAGUACCUGGAUGUGAAGUUUGAAUAUCUGUCUUACUGCCUCAAAGUGAAGGAGAUGGACGAUGAAGAAUACAGCAGUAUUGCAAUGGGAGAGCCUCUGUAUCGUGUCAGCACUGGUAACUACGAGUACCGCUUGGUGCUGCGCUGUCGACAAGAGGCCCGUGCUCGCUUCGCCAAGAUGAGGAAGGACGUUCUGGAGAAGAUAGAACUGCUGGAUCAGAAACAUGUUCAGGACAUUGUGUUCCAGCUGCAGCGCUUCGUCUCGGGCAUGUCGCACUACUACGACGAGUGCUACGCCGUCCUGAAGGAGGCGGACGUCUUCCCCAUCGAAGUGGACCUCUCCCGCACCAUGAUCAACUACAGCAGCCAGUCGCUGUCCUACACGGAAGACGAGGAAGAGGAGGGAGGAGGAGGUGGAGAGGAAGAGGGAGGCAGUGCGGGCAGACAGGCGGAGAACGGCGCAGAGAAACUGAUCGAUGAUGAAUGAAAACGGAUCGAUGACGUGUGUGUGUGCAGUUGUUGAGCUCCACUCCAUUAACACCACUCAUAUUGAAUGUCAGCACACACUAAUCAAUAUAGCAACUGAAAGCACUGUUGACACAAAGGUGAAUGCUGCUCUUGCUGCCAGAAUGCUGUAUGUUGGUCUUUUGGUGAUCGAUUUUUAUCAGAAUUCCAUCAAAUCAGUUGCGGUUGCUUCACUACGUAACUUAACCUUUAUAUAUUUUGAAUAAACAGUCUCCUAUCGCCUCCUUUCCACAUAGCUCUGUAUACAUAUGAGUCGACCAAAAGUCCAUCCAUUCUGACAGGAACCUGCUUGAUUGCUAAGUGAAGUUUUCAUUCAUCUGUAAAGAAAUCCUCGUUUUGAACACCAAGGGACAAACUCCACGUGUUAUAUAUUAUUAUUAAGCUGUGUGGAAAUGAGGCGUUUAAGUCUGCUUAAUUCUGGAGAAUUGAGCAUAAAUGUGUCCAGGAUAUCACCAUGUACAGAGCCGGGGCUGUAAACAAACACUGGAUUUUUUUUUUUUCAGUGAUGAGAUAUUCACUGAAUUUAAAAAAAAAACAAAAAACUUGAUUUAAGUUGAAUUGCAUAUUCUCUAAAAACUUUUCUUUUUUUUUUCUUUUUUUUUAUGUCACCAUCCCACGACAUCAGCUGUAUGAGUGUGCGAGACACAACUAACCGAAGGCGGCUAUUUUUAUGCGAGUACUGCAGGUGGCUUUUCAUGCAGCAGAGUGGGAUCUAUAAGUAUAUGAGGUGUGCCUUCUUUGCUCUUUGUAUAAUGAAGUCUAAAGGCUCUGGGCUGGGUCUCACUGUGCAAAUCUAUAGAAUGUUAAUAUUUUCAUUUUUAUGUCGUUUUCUUCACUACAAACCUCGCUCCGAUUUAUUUAUCUACCUGGAAUGUUAUGUUGUAAAUGUGUUGCUGUUUCUCAAAGGGACCAUUUGGUAAUUUUACAAAGAUAGUGACUGACAUAUUUCUGCUCCGACAUGAAUGGUUUGUUUUACUCAGUCUUUGUUUUUUCUAAUCAUUACACUUUCAGUCGGUUAACAAGGGAGAACAUUUACAUCAGUCUUUUUUUAAUGUUCAGUCUGUUUUAUCUUCUCAUACUGCAUGCUUCAAGUUAUUAUUUUAUCAUAAUACACAACUGGAUUGCUUUAUUGCCUUCAACACUUUUUCCUCCCACGCUGUGGAAACACUACAUGUAAAUUGGUAUAUUUAUAUAUAAGGGAAACAGGUGUAAGAACUCAGCUGCUUGAAAUUUGCUUUUGACUUCCACUUUAUUUAUUUUCAUCUAAAUAUAUUUAAGAUUUUUAUUGACCAAAUUUUCUUCCAUGUUACAAAUAAUUAUUCGCCUGUGAAUGUUUUCUGUUAACUUUCACUGGGGGGCAGCAUCACAUCACUGCACUGCAGGAGUGAUUGCAGAGUGAAUAUUUUCCUUGUGUUGUUGUUGUGCUUUUCUGCAUAACUGGAAAUUAAUGAAAGGGACUUCCUGUAUGCUUUGUGUUCUUUUACACAGUUGGAUUCAUAGACCGCUACAACAUAUUGGCUGCAGUUUAAAUCGAUUUUGAGAAGAAUUUAAAACCAGCUAUGUAAUUCGGUUGGUUUGUACCAUAAACCAAAAAUGAACAUUUAAAGUGUUCGGCCUAUUUCUAAAGGGAUACUGUUUUGUUUUUUUUUUUUUUUUUUAAAUCAUUGUCAACUUAUAUGAUUAUUUAAAUUGCUUUAUUUUAACUUCUUGUAUCGGUUCUGCAAUGGUAGUGUUCGUGACAGUGUAAAAUAAUAUAUCAAAUAAAGUCAAAUGUAUAUAA